CAGCGUCCCCAGCGUCCCCCGCGCGUCGGGCGCCCAGUGGAAGCGCCACAUCGUGCGGCAGCUGCGGCAGCGGGACCGCACGCAGAAAGCCCUGUUCAUGGAGCUGGUGCCCGCCUGCAUACUGGGACCUCGUUUCAAUGUGCUGGGGAUGGUGGUGUUGAGAACUAGACCAGGCCCAGGAACCUCAGUCAAGAUAACCAUCUCCUAGAGAAGGCUGAGCUGCUAGCCAAGUUCUCAGAAAAGCUGAAGUGGGAGUCAAAGGAUGUCACCCCCACUGCCCACCAGGGCUCCUGGGAAGAGUCCUCAGGAACUGUGUCUGACCAAAUUUUAUCACCAGUCACCCUGAGGGUGAAAUGGCAGGAGGAGGAGAAGGGGCUCCAGCUGGUGUGUGGUGAGAUGGCCUACCAGGUGGUGGAGAAGGGCGCAGCCCUGGACACCCUGCAGUCACAGCUAGAGGAGCGGCAAGGCAGGCUGGGGGCCUUGGAGGCCUGCGUGGUGCAGCUGCGGGAGGCGCGAACACAGCAAGCCCGGCAGCUGAAGGAACGGCUGGAACAAAACGCCGCUUUGCGGGAGGCCUAUGAGGGGCUGCGCGCGAACGCAGUGCACGGGGAGGCGACAUUGCGCAGGCUCCAGGAGGAGGCCCGCGACCUGCUAGAUCUGCUAGUGCAGCGUAAGGCGCGCGCUGCUGCGGAGCGCAACCUGUGCAACGAGCGCCGUGAGAGGGCCAACCAGGCUCUGGUGUCCCAGGAGCUGAAGAAGGCGGCUAAGCGGACCGUGAGCAUCAGCGAGAUUCCAAACACACUAGACGAUGGUAUCAGGGAGGAGACGGUGACACUGGCCCCUGCCGCUGAGCCGGAGUUCCCGGAGAGUGAGGCUUGUGGGACGUGGAAGAGGCCCUUCAGGUCUGCCUCGGCUACCUCUCUGACACUGUCCCGCUGUGUGGAUGUGGUGAAGGGGCUGCUGGAUUUCAAGAAGAGGAGAGGUCACUCAGUUGGGGGUGCUCCUGAGCCCCGCUACCAAAGCAUCCCUAUGUGUGUGGCUGCCCAAAUUCCUACCCAGGCUCAGGAUGUCUUGGAAGCCCAUCUCUCUGAGGUCAAUGCUGUUUGUUUUGGCCCCAACAGCAGUCUCCUGGCCACUGGUGGGGCUGACCGCCUUAUCCAUCUCUGGAAUGUUGUGGGAGGUCGCCUGGAGGCAAACCAGACCCUCGAAGGAGCUGGUGGCAGCAUCACCAGUGUGGACUUUGAUCCCUCAGGAGCCCAGGUUUUGGCAGCUACUUACAACCAAGCUGCACAGCUCUGGAAGGUGGGAGAGACACAGUCCAAGGAGACCCUGUCUGGACACAAGGACAAAGUGACAGCUGCCAAAUUCAAGCUAACGAGGCACCAGGCAGUGACUGGGAGCCGAGACCGGACAGUGAAGGAGUGGGACCUUGGCCGUGCCUACUGUUCCAGAACCAUCAAUGUCCUUUCCUACUGUAAUGAUGUGGUGUGCGGGGACCAUAUCAUCAUCAGUGGCCACAACGACCAGAAGAUCCGGUUCUGGGACAGCAGGGGCCCCCACUGUAUCCAGGUCAUCCCAGUGCAAGGCCGGGUCACCUCCCUGAGCCUCAGCCAUGACCAGAUGCAUCUGCUCAGUUGUUCCCGAGACAAUACACUCAAGGUCAUCGACCUGCGUGUCAGCAAUAUCCGCCAGGUGUUCAGAAGCUGGACUCGCUCACUGUCAGCAACUUGGCUUCUUACCCCAGCCCUAUCCAUCCUCAGGGCAGAUGGCUUCAAAUGCGGUUCUGACUGGACCAAAGCUGUGUUCAGCCCUGACAGAAGCUAUGCACUAGUAGGCUCCUCAAAUGGAGCCCUGUACAUCUGGGAUGUGGACACUGGGAAACUGGAGAGCAGCCUGUGGGGACCCCACUGUGCUGCUGUCAACGCCGUGGCCUGGUGCUUCUCUGGGAGCCAUGUUGUGAGCGUGGACCAGGGCAGGAAGGUGGUGCUCUGGCACUAGGGCCAUGACCCCUAUGUGUGCUGGAGCUCUGGUCUGAAGCCAGAAGCAGCCAGCGAACAGCUUCCCUCUACUCAGGACUCCAGAGCUGGGGAUGGAGCAGACUACAGACUGCUUCGGAAGAAGGCUUGGCAGGACCUGGCCUGUGUUUAAAAUUGAGUGGGUUAGGGAUUACAGAUUAAAAAAAUUUUUUUUUUCUUUA